AUGCUGCUUCGCACCCUCCCCCGCGGGAUGAACCCUACAACCGUCCCCGCGACGCCCGAACGCCGCGGGCGUCUCCUACGCAAACCCGCAUUUCUAUCCCGACGCACCCGCUCUCGCUCAGAGAACACUCCUAUUCUGCCUACACUCCCAGCUCUACCUGCCGCCUUUCCCAUGUCUACCGCGAAACCCACAGCGCGCCGGCAACCUUGUGUUGCAUUGCUCAACGAGGUCGACGAAGAUGCUGUUAUCGUUACAGCUCUGGACGAGCUGCCCUUUUGCUGUCACGCCGAUCUCAUCUUGAUGCCACAUACCGCCCUCGAAGACGUUGCCGACGUGCUCAACUCGCGCUUGCCGUUAGCCCUGCAGAUCAACAAACGCAUGGGCGACCAGCACGUACGGAGCGCUAUCGAGCUGUUGGUCGGGCUGAGGGAGGUUGGGACCUCCCCGCUCCUGAACGCACCUACGACCAACAUACGCCUUGGCGUUCAACUUCAUCAGGUCCAACCGGGACCGGACGUAUUGGAGGGACCUGAAUCGCCUCUGGCUGGGAGAAGCUUCGUACCGGGCACCUUACGGGCUGUCAGCGAGGACUCUCGUGAGAGCAUCGGUUCUGUGAGCGGACCAGAGGACGAAGGGAUCGUCGACGUGGGUAGCGCGGUCAUGCAACCGCUACCGCUACGCCCUUCCAAGAAACGCAAGAUCAGCCCCAGUAUCGUUGCUUACAACUGGGACCCGCCCUCGUCCUUCGAUGAUAUAUGCGAGCGUGAUGAGCUGCCCCCACGACCUCGUAGCCCAAAACGUGCACGUCUUGAUGAUGCGUUCGAAGACGACGAGGCGGAGACGAUGGAGUGCAUAUUCACCCGACCUGAGAAGCCACGGUUACUCGGUGCAGGCUUUCCCUCUUCGCCGAUGCGCGACCCUCGGUCGUCGGGAUCAGAGGUGUCACCAGCUUGUCGCGCUACAAGCUCUUCAUAUAUAGGUGACUCUCUUGGGGAGCUGGCCAUGGCUCUAGGUGCUCUGAGUCUACCUUCUGAUGUUAGCAUGGCUUCCGCCGUGACUGUCCCCGAAGCUCUAUCCUUAUAG